AUGGCAGAAUGUGUGGGACUUACUCUAAAACUCUCCCAUAAUCUUAUGGUUAAAGAAGCCGGUGGCCGAGACAGCUUAGGAUUUAUUGAGCAAGACCAUAAGAAUUAUUUACGCUCAAAGAGAACAAAAAAUAUGAAAAUUGGAGAUACCGAUGGCAGAAUGAAAGCAGAUUACUCUGAUUUCGGAGAUGUUGUGAGUUUCGACACCACGUAUAGAAAGAACAGAGAAAGCCGCCCUUUUGCAUUAUUUGUCGGUGUCAAUCAUCAUCGACAAACAAUAAUAUUUGGUGCCUCACUUUUAUACGAUGAGACAAUCCCUUCAUUUGAAUGGUUGUUUGAUACAUUCGCAGACACCAUGGGUGGAAAAAAGCCUAUCACUAUUCUGACAUAUCAGGAUCAUGCUAUGGUGAAUGUAUUAGGUAUAAGAUGGCCUGAAACUUGCCACAUGUUAUGUAUUUGGUAUAUCUAUCAAAAUGCUGCAAUACAUUUAAGUGGAUUUUUUGAAAAAUAUAAAGAUUUUGCACAUCAUUUUGGAAGGUGUAUUUAUGAUUGUGAAGAAGGGGAUAAAUCUAUGCAUGAAUGGGAUGAAAUGUUGGAGAAGUAUGAUAUAAUGGAGAACGAAUGGUUGAAGAGGUUGUGUAGAGUUAAAGAAAAAUGGGCAUUGGUAUAUGGGCGCCAAUUCUUUUGUGCUGAUAUUACUACAACACAGCGUAGUGGAAACAUGAAUAGUGUUAUCAAAAGGUACGUGAGUUCCAAGAACCCUUUGCAAGUAUUUUUUGAACGAUUCGAAAAUUUAAUUGAAUCUCGCCGAUAUGAGGAGUUGAUUGCUGAUUUUAAAGCACGUACGAGUGCUCCGGUCCUUCAUUUACCUGUUCAACUUUUGAAACAUGCUGCAAGUGUGUAUACACCUGAAGUUUUUAAGGAUUUUCAAAAGGAACUAGGGAAAGCUUAUGAUUGUGCAGUGGUUCUUAAUGACAUGGAUGAAACAAUAGCAAUUUAUCAUAUCAGUUACUUGGGAAGGUCAAGGUAUCAUGUUGUGAACUUUAACUCUUUAGAUGAUACCGUUUCUUGUAGUUGCAAGAAAUUUGAAUUUGGCGGCUUGUUAUGCGCUCAUGCGUUGAAAGUCCUGACAAAUAAUAAUGUUUUUAAGAUCCUAAAGCAAUAUGUGAUGAAAAUAUGGACAAAAUCUGCUAAGAGUGGAGUGGUGUUUUCCUUGGAAAAUGACGUGGAUGAUCCUAAGAAAAUGACGGGCAUUAGUUAUAGGGAUUUGAAUUUGUUUUUCAACAAAUUGGUGAUAAGGGUUUCAGAAUCUAAAGAAACAUAUGAAUUGGCGAAAGAAUCAUUUCUGAAGACCACUGAGAAGGUGAAUGAAUAUUUGGGUGAGCGAUCUUCUGUGAGCGAUACUCAAGCAGCUUUAAGGAUGGGAGCAGCUCCGGAGAAAGAAGGCAACGUACACGUGAAGAGGAUAAAGACAAAAGCAAGAAUACGUUCCGGUAAAAGACCAAAAAGUGGGUUGGAAAAGAAUUCCAAGAAAAAAAAACAACCGGAGGUACAAAGAAAUCCAUUUUAA